GGAGCCGGGGAGAGACGUUUAUUUCCUGAAUGGCCGAACUCUGGGCACAGAGUGCCCGUGAUAGCAGGUCGCAGUCGCAGCUGCGAAGCUGCCACGGUGACUGCUCGCGCUGCUCGUGUCGUUGUCAAGCAGAGACUGCAGAGUAAACUGACGAACGGGAACAGGCUAGUUAGCUAACGAGGUGCUAGGUCAGCUCACUUGCAGACGAGCAGCACCUUACUAUCGUGGGGUAACGUUAUAAUGGUUGUAACGCCAACGCGAGCCAAAAAGAAAAAGGCGAGCAACAGUUUAAUGAACAGGCAGGUCGUUGUUCAGGUUGUUUUUAAUUAGCUAGUUGUAGCUAACGCGGAAGGCAUCCCACAGUAAUCAAUGGUUAGACCAACGAAACGGACUUAAGACUGGGCUCAUUUGAAAAGGAAAGGAUGUCUAAACGCCUGAGAAACACUGAGCUCUGCGCUGACUGCAAUGUUCCAGAACCUCGCUGGGCCUCCGUCAACAGGGGUGUGUUGAUUUGCGAUGAGUGCUGCAGUGUUCAUCGAAGUCUGGGUAGACACAGCUCCCAAGUCCGUCACCUGACGCACACACCAUGGCCUCCUACGCAGCUACAGAUGGUUCAGACUUUAUACAGCAAUGGUGCAAAUUCAAUAUGGGAGCACUCUCUUCUGGACCCUGCAUCUGUGAUGAGUGGGAAACGCAAGGCCAACCCUCAGGACAAACUGCAUCCAAACAAAUCAGAGUUUAUAAAAGCCAAAUAUCAAAUGCUGGCAUUUGUCCACCGCAUGCCUUGCCGGGAGGACGACAGCUCGACAGCUAAGGAUUUAAGCAAGCAACUUCAUUCUAGUGUACGCACCGGGAACCUCGAGACUUGUCUCCGGUUGCUAUCCCUGGGAGCACAAGCAAAUUUUUUUCACCCAGAAAAAGGAAACACGCCCUUGCAUGUAGCUGCAAAAGCAGGACAAGUGUCUCAGGCGGAACUAUUAACGGUUUAUGGAGCAGAUCCUGGAGCCCCGGACAGCAAUGGCAAAACUCCCAUUGACUAUGCAAGGGAAGCUGGCCACCAUGACCUGGCAGAUAGAUUGGUGGAAAUUCAGUAUGAACUAACUGAUCGACUGGCGUUCUAUCUGUGUGGGAGAAAGCCAGAUCAUAAAAAUAGCCAGCACUUCAUUGUUCCACAAUUGGCUGACAGCAGUUUAGAUUUAUCAGAACUGGCCAAGGCAGCAAAGAAGAAACUGCAGUCUCUCAGUAAUCAUUUAUUUGAGGAGCUGGCCAUGGAUGUGUACGAUGAGGUGGACAGACGAGAGACUGAUGCAGUGUGGUUGGCUACACAGAAUCACAGCACUCUGGUGACGGAGACGACUGUGGUGCCUUUCCUUCCUGUGAAUCCAGAGUAUUCAUCAACACGAAACCAGGGAAGACAGAAGCUGGCAAGAUUUAAUGCACAUGAAUUUGCAACUCUUGUGAUUGACAUAUUAAGUGAUGCUAAGCGCAGACAACAAGGGAAUUCACUAACCAGUCCCAAAGACAAUGUGGAGUUCAUCCUGAAGAGUGUGGCUGUCAGGCAUUGCAGUGACAGCCAGGAAAAUGACCAGCCUGACUACGAUAGUGUGGCGUCUGAUGAGGACACAGAUCACGAGCUCCCCUCGAGUCAAGGAGACCGAACAAAGAGUCUGGACUCUGACCUAUCUGAUGGAGCCAUUACCAUGCAUGAAUACAUGGAGGUGAAAACCGCGCUCUCUGCCUCUGAAGCCAAGAUCCAGCACCUUAUGAAAGCCAACAACAACCUGAGCGAUGAGCUGAGGCUGAUGCAGAAAAAGCUGCACUCUCUGCAAAGCGAGAACUCCUCUCUCAGACGGCACGUCCCAACCAAUAUCUAUCAGAUCCCCGGCGCUUCAAACUACCCCGACCCCUCCAGUCCCUCAGCCCUGAAACGCCGGCAGUCUGCGCGGGCCAGUCGGCCCAUGUCUAUGUAUGAGACCGGCUCAGGCCUGAAGCCCUAUCUCCCUAAAGGGGAAACUCUCUACCCAGAGGAGGGUCUCCCCGCCCUGCAACCCUUCCCACCUCAUGCCUCAAAGUUAGAGAAGCAGAGCAGCAUGCCGGAAAGUGACUAUGACAACACAUUCAAUGAAUCAGAGAUGGAUGAUUCGGGUAUGUGCAGGAGAGGGAGGCUGAGGAGUAGUGCCUGGCUGGGGGAGGGCAGCUCCAUCCCAGAGCUGGAGGAUCUGGAGAUGGAGCCAGACCCGUUGCUUCCCAGCACGGAGGACGUCAUCCGCAAAACGGAGCAGAUCACCAAGAAUAUUCAGGAGCUGUUGCGAGCUGCUCAGGAGAACAAACACGACAGCAGACCAUGUGAGCGUGAAGGUGUACGCCGGCUCAGGCACAGCCUGGGAUGUUUCAGCACCCUGGUGCCCUGGGCCGAGAAGGCCCCCCCUCCCCUUCAGCCGCUCAGCCAGCGAGCCCCUGACCCCGCCUCCUGCUUUAUACCCUGUUCAGAAAGAAUACAUGUGGCUGUAACAGAAAUGGCUGCCCUCUUUCCCAAGAAGCCACGCUCAGAGACUGUGAGAGGCUCUCUGCGCUUGUUGACCUCCAGCGCGUACCGGCUUCAGAGCGAGUGCAGGAAGGCGUUGCCUUCCGAGGGCUGCCCGGCUCCGGACAUGCAGCUGGUCACCCAGCAGGUCAUCCAAUGUGCUUAUGACAUUGCCAAGGCAGCCAAGCAGCUUGUCACCAUCACCACAAAGGAGAACACCAACUAACGCUGUCAGCAUCUCAGAUUAGUUUUUAAAUAUAUUUUGUAAUGAUUUUUUGGGGUAUUAGCAGUAUAUGCAUGCAUCAUUUUUUUAAAUUUAUGAAUACAUAAAUACAUCGGAGUGUAAAAGGAAAAUAAAGCAACUUUACUUCGCUGUUGUAACAGCGCAAUUUCUCUUAAGAUAAAAUAAUAACUUCUACGAAUCGUGUUAAAUCAAGCAGCCGGCCUGGGGACUGUCAUGGUUCAUAGAUUACGAGUAGACCUCUCUUAGUUAUGAAUCAAAUGUAAUCAGUCCAUAAUGUAAAUACCUAUAAUUGAGAGAAUAAAUUAAGCACAGUACAGUAAAUCCACAUGAUGAGAUUGGCUAAUGUCCAAAGCCAGAAACGGAUGCUGGAAAGCAAAAAAUGCUAUGGCUAACACUCUUGUGGCUAAAGGUGCGUCCUCAUUAAAAGCACUGUAAGCAUCAUCAUACUGUGAAGUAUAUCUCAAACAAAUGGUCGAACAAAUUUACCAUUAUGUCUGAAACUUCAUUAUUGCACACAUUGUUGCUCUGCAAUGCAAAUGUUUGUUGCAUCAAAAAAGCUAUUCAUGUGGUUUAUCAUAUGGUUUGUCCCUUUCAAAGUGAAAUCAGUCUCAGUUAUGUGUGCCCAUUUGUCAAUUCAGCGAAUGCAAAUAACGCUUGUUCAGGGGCCAAGUUGUAUUCUUCACCAGCACCAAGAUGUUGUGGUAUUAAGUUCAAAUGAUCUGGUGUUCCUUCACACUGCACUGUGUUCUGCGGUCGUGUGUGCCAUUGCAGUGUUGGUGAUGUUACAAGAUAUUUAGAGCUAAUAGCCAUACUGUGUGUGUAUGUUCUGGUUUGUUGUGCUUUCUUCCAUUGCUGCUAGUUCUGUAUUUAAUGUGCAACAUAUGGGAUAGAAGUCUUGACGUCUCUCGUAUUCAUCCUCACCAAGUGUUUCAGAGUUUAUUGCCAUUUUGAAAGGUUUUUAGGUAAUGUCCCUCUGUACUUGACCGGAGUGCAGGGAUACAUGUGAUGCAGCUGUUAUGUUGCACUUCGGAAAAGUAAUUAUUUUCUAAAUAAAUUUAAUUUAUAAAUAUAGCCUGUUGUGAUUUGCCAGAUGAUGAAUGUAUCUAGUUUAACUUUGCAUUGUUUGAAUACA